AUGGAUGACCAGGCACUCCUUGAGAGGAUCGAGGAUCUGACUGAUCUGGAGUUGGCCGUGCUGCUAAGCCUAAUAGCACAGCAACAUUGUAUCAUCGAGACGCGAGAAGACGCUUUGGAUGAUCUGGCGGCGGAACUUGCCCUAAUCGUCUCGCAAGUCUUCAAGCUGAAUUAUGUCGUCCUUGAGCGGGAAGAUUUGGAUUCGGUAGCUCGUUUUGGAGAACUCAUCCUCAAUCGAGACAUUUCUGAGCCUGGGAUUUCAAGCAACACUUCAGAGAGUGACUACAACACUGGUGGAACCCUGCACUCGAAGCUCGCAGGUAUCAAUUUUCGUCAAUCAAGCUCGGUUUCUCCAUCUCGACAAGACCUUGAUAGUCGAAAGAUUGUGAAUGUAAUCAUCGCGAAGGAGUUCAAUCUCGCCAAAGAGGAUGUUCAAAUCCAGACUCUCGAGAUCAUCCGAAAGCGACGACAUAUCAGGCUCACUAAACACCUUAAUGAUCGAAUAUUCAUGUCUCACCACCAUGAGGUGGAAGAUGGGUUCCUCAACUUGGAAGAGCUAGAUAGCCACUCCGAGGACCAUGGAUCUUCUUAUUCUAUCGGGGCGCCGCCAAGCGUAAGGUACCGGGAAGCUAUCGCGGAUCGAGUCAUUGAUCAAGAUACUAUUGAACUACUACGGGCCCGAGGACAGGAAGCGACCAUCACUCCAGAGAUCAGAAGAUAUCUGCAGGACAUUGUUGUGUUUCUACGCAUAGAAAGAGGUGUAGACGGGGGUGUCUCACCAUAUGCCACGACCUUGUUGUUAGCUUUGUCAAAGUACCUUGCCCCUUUCCAUGGUAUCGACUACGUCACACCUUCACUGGUCGCACUGGCGGCUAAGAAGAUCUACCCACACCGAGUUGUGAUGGCCUCCCCGAGCCGAGAACGAAGCACUCAGUACGGGACAGAUAUGGCUUCCGCAAGGGAGAUCCUAAGCGAUUUGGAUCCAGUCAAGGUGAUCCAGAAUGUCUUGGACACUGUCGAAUGUCCGACUUGA